CACAAAGCGACUGAUACUGCUCACGUGGACAUGUUUGUUUUCCUGACGGAGUUGGACAAGGCCACCUCGCACGAGGAGAGUGGCGACGGAAUUAAGGCGCGCGAGAACACCAUCGAUCCUCAUGACGAUAUCCAUAAGAGCACAGCCAUGGUGGACUAUCUUUAUGAGUUGACGGAUUCUCCUGAGAUCGAUUUAGAGUCGAGCUUCCGCAUUGCACAACUGCUCGUACACAGUCAAGAAGGCGCGCACUCACUCGCGGUAUAUCAGAUGACAUAUGAGGUCAUCAUGAACACCCCACCCCACAGCCCUGCCGUCUCAAAGCUGAUAGUCUUGGUUAAAACGCUUUCUAUGAAUUCGGGUAAACAUAAACAGACGCCGAGCAGCACUACCAUAGAUAUCACAUCAUUACUCCCACCGAGCAGCACUACCAUAGAUAUCACAUCAUCAUGUCUAUCCCAACAGCCGUACACACCACCACCACGAAACUCGGAACAGGCGGUCUUUGCCAGUACGCGACAGACAGCGAACCAUGUCGAUACGGCUCCAAACAACGUGAUACAGGAGAAUACAAUUUUGAAAGGUGCCAGCACAGUUCGACAACAGGAUAAUAAGCGUAAGGCACCCUCAGAAUCGAUUCCCGAAAACAAAAAACAAAAAGUCGAUUCAAGCAUCGCUGCCAUGACUCGGACAAAUAGCACAGACAAAGACGCCACCAGAAGUGACACAACAGCUGCGAUCUCUCACAGCGGAUUGGACGUAAAUGUGAGUGCCCGUCUGGGUCAUCAGUCGGCACAGCAGGAGACAACUGCGAACUCUUCCCAAAUCGCCGCCGGUAUUGGAAGAUCGGGUCUACAUCCAUCUAAACAGAACAACGACGGAUUCCGACAACCAACAAAUAAUGUACACAAAAGGAAUAGUGAUUCGCCUACGCUCCCACUUUCUGACAGUGAGGUAUGUCUUCAUUUCAUCUCCGUUGCGGAACAAAGGGUGAAAGUUUAA